AUGUCGCUCAUUCAUUGGAAGACUGAUUUACCAGAAGUGGAAAAGUUUCACUAUCUUAAAGGUUGUUUACAAGGUGAACCAAAAGCUCUAAUUGACCCUAUCAAGAUCACGAAGACCAACUACCAAAUCGCCUGGGAUUUGUUGCUGAAGAGAUACAACAACAGUAAGCUCUUACGGAAAAGACAAGUUCAAGGUCUGUUUCAGCUCCCUUCUUUGACUAAGGAAUCCGUCAGUGAUCUGCAAGUUCUCUUGGAAGGAUUCGAGAGAAUUGUGCAGACGUUAGAUCAGAUCAUACAACCUGAAGAAUACAAGGAUCUUCUUCUGGUCCACCUUCUCUCCUCGCGUCUCGAUCCUGCGACACGCAGAGGAUGGGAAGAAAGUUCUGCCGCCAAGGACCAAGAUGUUGUACAAGAUUUGACGGAGUUUCUUCGCAGGCGUGUGCGAGUCUUAGAAUCAUUGCCGGUUAAGGUUGUAGAGCCCAAGUCAGUUCAGCCACAACAAGUCCCAAAGUUUAAGCAUUCUACUAGGGGUAGCUUCAGUUCAUUCCAAUCUUCUGGUAGAGCGUGUGUUGCUUGUCAAGCGGAUCAUCCAUUGUUUCAAUGCCAGGCCUUUCAGCGCAUGAAAAUUGAGGAUAGAGAGGGGUUGCUACGAAGUCAUUCGCUCUGUAGAAAUUGCUUCAGCAAGAGUCAUAGGGCUAAAGAAUGUAAAUCGAGGUAUUCUUGUCGCCAUUGUGAGGGUCGCCACCAUAGUUUGGUUUGUUUUAGGUCGGACAAGGAGGAAUCUAGAGGUUCUAGAUUUCGAAAAGGUACAGAGGAAUCUAAAGCCCAAGAACAACAGUUGGGAUCAGCUCCUCAAGUGACGAACCUGGCAGCUACAGAUCUUUUGUCCUCUAACUCUGCGCCUCAACGCUCAUCACAGGUUCUCUUGGCUACAGCAGUAGUUGUUUUGGAAGAUGAUUUUGGUAAUCAGUACCCCGCAAGAGCUCUUCUAGAUUCUGGCUCAGAGAGCAAUCUUCUUACGGAACGAAUGAGCCAACGGUUGAAAACCACAAGAGAAAAGGUAGAAAUUUGCGUAAUAGGAAUAGGUCAGGCAGCAACGAAGGUCAAGCAGAGAAUUCAUGCCACGGUUCGAUCACGAGUUUCAGAGUUUUCGCGAGCUAUGAGCUUUCUUGUCUUACCCAAGGUGACGGUUAAUUUACCCACAACAACAGUACAAACAAAAGGCUGGAGAUUUCCAAACGGAAUCCAAUUGGCGGAUCCUUCGUUUUCAGUGUCUAGUGAGGUGGACAUUGUUCUAGGAAUCGAAUCAUUCUUCGAUUUCUUCCAUACUGGAGAAAAGAUCGAUUUGGGCGAUCAACUUCCUUCCCUGAAUCAUUCAGUGUUUGGUUGGGUAGUCUGCGGAGGUUUGCCGAUUCCACGUCAAGCAAUAGAAGUAAUUUCGAAUGCUUCGAUUACUGAAGAUCCUCUGGAAGCCAUGAUGGCUCGAUUUUGGUCCUGUGAGGAGGUCGAGUCAACUAAUUUUCUAUCAUCAGAGGAAGCCAGAUGCGAGAGCUUAUUCUCGAAAACUGUGAAACGCGAGUCAGACGGAAGAUACACAGUUUCUCUACCGCGAAAUGAAGGCAUUAUAGAUCGAUUAGGCGAGUCACAAGAAAUCGCUAUGCGGCGUCUCCUGGCGACGGAACGGAGGCUUUCUAGGGACGAAAACCUAAGGAAGCAAUACGAACAAUUCAUGGAGGAAUAUGUUCAUUAA